UUAAUCAUUCAUGCGUGAAAGGGUUAAAGAAAGCACGUAAUGCAGGGAUGUUUUGUUUGGGAUGUAAAGGCAGGAUCGGGUCCCACCCAUAGUGACACACUUCCUCAUUCAGUCCAAACUCACGAGCUCCAGUCAUCGCAUCACACACAUCCCAGUGUCAGAGAUGAGUUACCCUGGAUACCCUCCUGCGGGUGGAAGUUACCCUCCCGCCUCCGGCCCGUAUCAGCAGGCCCCGGGUGGAUACCCACCCCAACCAGGAGCCUAUCCACCCCAGGGUGGAUACUACCCCCCUCAGCCCGGAGCGUGUCCCCCCGGAGCAGGAUACCCACCUCAGGCCGGCGGUUACCCUCCUCAAGCCGGCGGUUACCCAGCAGCCCCAGGAGGAGGCUUUCCGCCACAGGCAGGAGGUUACCCCGGUGCCCAACCCGGGACCUACCCCAACAUGCCCCCUGCAGGCCAAUCCGGUGGAUGGGGCGGCCAACCAGGGUUUGGAGCUCCGGGUGGAGGAAUGCCUCAGGGUUACCCCGGGGGCCCAGCUCCGGGACAGCAGCCCAUGCCAGCGUACCCAGGUGCCCCGAACCCGUCAAUGCCCGGGUAUGGAGGAGGUGUCCCGACCGGACCGACACCGCCGGUCGCUCCUACUGCCAAUAAGGGAUACCGCGGAUCCAUCAAGGACCUUCCUGGCGCCGAUCCUCUCAGAGACGUCGAGGUGUUACGGAAAGCCAUGAAGGGCUUCGGAACUGAUGAAAACGCCAUUAUUGAGCUUCUCGGCACUCGAUCCAACAAGCAGCGCGUGCCGUUGAAGGCGGCGUAUAAAACCACCUACGGCAAGGAUCUGUUCAGCGAUCUGAAGUCAGAGCUGAAAGGAGACUUUGAAGAUCUGGUGCUGGCCAUGCUGAAGACUCCUGCACACUUUGACGCCUCUGAACUCAAGGAGGCCAUCUCUGGUGCAGGAACCGAUGAGGCCUGUCUCAUAGAGAUUCUGUCCUCUCGUAGUAAUGCUGAGAUUCAGGAGAUUAAUAAGGUGUAUAAGGCAGAGUAUGGUAAAUCUCUGGAGGACGCCAUCAGCGGCGACACGUCUGGACACUUCCGCCGUCUGCUCAUCUCUCUGUCUCAGGGUAAUCGAGAUGAGAAAGAGACUGUGGACAUUUCUCUGGCCAAACAGGAAGCUCAGAAACUCUACGCUGCAGGAGAGAAUAAAGUCGGCACCGACGAGUCUCAGUUUAAUGCGAUUCUGUGCGCUCGCAGUAAACCACAUCUGAGACAAGUGUUUCAUGAGUACCAGCAGAUGUGCGGCAAAGACAUUGAGAAGAGCAUCUGCAGUGAGAUGUCUGGAAACGUGGAGUCUGGAAUGGUGGCAGUGGUGAAGUGCAUUAAAAACACUGGUGCAUACUUUGCAGAACGUCUCCACAAGGCCAUGCAGGGUGUGGGAACCAAAGACAGGACUCUGAUCCGCAUCAUGGUGUCCCGCUCUGAGGUGGACAUGCUGGAUAUCAGACAGGAGUAUCUGCGGCUGUAUGGGAAGUCGCUCUACACUGCCAUCUCUGGUGACACGUCUGGCGAUUACAAGAAACUGCUCCUGAAGCUGUGUGGAGGAAGUGACUGAAGAACCAGGAAGUCAGACGCGUUACCAUGACGACUGGAUAUGUGACAUCAUAAUCAUAUUAAUCACACUCGUAUAUCAAUAUGUCAGAUAAUCUCACUAGUGUCGUUUUAACUAAUGCUGUAAUCUCUCUCUUCACAUCCUUAUUAUGUUCACAGCCAAAAAUAACAUUUCAUUUGUGCCUUAGCGACAUUAUUGUCCUAAUCAUUUCUUUUAUUUUGCGAUCUAUUCAGACUAUGCAUGAUAUCUAGAGAAUGAACAUUUUGUACUGCGUCUUCAGUACCUGAUGCCAAAUAGUACUGAAAUAUAUGCCAUAGUUUUUAUAAAGUGAGCUUUAUGAUCUCUAUGCAAGAAGAAUAUAUAAUUAUCUCAAUCAUCAUGAAGGUCUUGAUGGCUCAGUUUCAUGAAAACGUGACAUAUUUCACCCCAAAAUCAAAACAGAAAACAAGAAAUGAGCUUUGCUUAAAGAGAGUCAAGCCUUUUUUAGGAACACUGAGAUCUGUUCACACUUUUUUCAUGCCAUUUUCCUGCUUAAUUUCCUGUAAUGCUUCAUUUAUGUGUUUCUUUUCACACAUUUUUUUCAUUUUUCUGAACAGUGAUUCUUAAUAAAUGCUGUUUUAUAAUAAAAACUUAUUAUUUUAUGUUCAGAUUUUGUACAACAAAUACUAACAUUGUUUAAUAACAUUUCACUUUUUUUUUUUUUUUUUUUACAGUUUAAACAAUUUUAAAUAAUUUUUCGUCAUGUUAAUUUUUCAUUCACGCAAAACAUUUUCUUGUAUUGAGUUUGGGGUGAAAUAUGCUUCGUUUUGUGAGAUUCACGGUAAUUGUUGUCAUGGUCCAUGCCUAGCAUGAAUGUGAAUUGCUGCAGCAGUAGAGGGCAGUAAAGUCAGCAAUCUUUAGUCCUGAUUAUCACUAGUUAAACAGGAGAUUUUAACCUGUUUAUUAACAUGAAGACUACUCUUUCAGGGAUAUAUAGUAUGUUUACUCAGUCAAACUAAUCUGUACUGUUGUGUUUAGUAACAUUUGUGUCUGGUUAAUAAAAACACCUUAUGAAUGAA